AUAUUGGAUCCACAUCGAAUUUGUUUAGUGCUAUUGGCGUUACAGUCCACUUCGCUUUUUGAUUUUAGGAAUGAUUGUUUUCAAGGAUCUGAUAUCAGGAGAUGAGCUGUUUUCAGAAGGUCACAAGCCCAAAUUAGUAGAUGAUGUUAUUUACGAAGUCGAUUCUGAGUUUCAAUUUGUAUCAAAUGGAGUAGAUGAUAGACUUAUCGGUGCCAACCCUUCAGGCGAAGGUGAUGAUGACGAAGUAUGUGAAACGAAAGAAAGGGUUAUCGGCUUAGUUCACGGAAGUCGACUGGUUCCUUGUCCUAGCUUUAAAGAACAUUACAAAUCACAUCUUAAGAGCUACUUGAAGGCUAUUAAAACACAUUUACAAGAAAAGAAUCCAGCUCGGGUAGAAAUAUUUGAAAACGGGAUCAAGACAUACAUGCGAGAUGUUUUCAAAAACAUCGAUGAUUAUGAGUUCUACAUGGGUGAGACAUGUAAUUCUCAAGGCAUGGUAGUAUUGAUGAACUUCCGAAGUGAUGGGAUGACACCUUACUUCGUUUUUUUCAAGGAUGGCUUAGUUGAGGAGAAAUAUUUUAUUUCACUAGAUUCUACUUGAAUAAUAUCUUGGAACUGUAAAAUUUCCGAUUACUGCUAAUACUUUCACUAUUUCUAUUACCAUGGAAUUUGAAUUCACAAUUAUAUCUCUGUGGUAAUGUGGAAUGACAACAGUAACUGAUGUACGUAUGUAUGAGGCUCUGCGUUGCUGUUGAUUGAUUGAUUGAUUGGUAUGCAGAAGUAAAAACGGGAAAUAUUAGCUGGUGAUUUAUAAUUUCUUCCUUUAAUUAAGUAUCUUAAAUAAACAACGCAUAUUUAUUUACCAUGUUGAUUAUAUAUACUUAUGUGUUGUGUGUUUUCACAUGAUUAAAUGGAACCUCCAGGAAAACUUGGAUGUUUUGGAUGUGUGCAUGAAGAAAAACGAACACUAUUUUGAAGAGGAUAGGUAAGGUAAAAUUGGUUAGAUCAGUUAAGCUUAUCCAAACAUCAGUAUUUUAAUGAAAAGUUAACCAAGUACUUAAAGUCAGGUAAUUCUACUUAUAUAUAUUCAACCCAGACAAAAAUGGAAAACCAAAUUUUCUCUACAGGUCAUGACUAUUAAGAAGUG